AGUGGCUGAUAGCCCGAAUAUUUAGUUAACUUCCUCGUUCUGACCCUAUCUUUGAUAUGAACAGUCCAAGUGCAAAUACAAUAAUCCACAUCUAAGUAUAAAGUAUGAAGAGAUAUUUGGGGACGAUGAAAUUCCUUCCAUUUCUAAUAAUUUUUAUGUGCUGUGGGAUGUUAACAAACGCACAGUCAAAGGAAUCAUCAGUUAACACCACAACUAACGUUUCACACCCGAGGCCGACAAAAGUUAUUCAUGGCAUAAAGUCAUCCAAAACUGCUCUGCUAUCGCAAAUGGUUUUCUCGACACAACGAACUACCAUCGCAAGUCAGAGUUCACGAUUAAAAGUUUCAGCCACGAGAACAAUUGUCACUUCAAGUAUGACAGCAAACAUGACAACGCCAAUUGGGCCCAGCCAAGGGCCAAUGACAAGUGAUAGCACAAACCUAGGUUUGAUCGUUGGCAUAGCUGUUGGUGUCGCAGCUUUAGUAGCAGUCGCCUGUCUGGUGCUGUGCCUUGUCAGGACUCGUCUAUCAUGCGGACGGAAAUGCAAAGGUCGUAGAACAGGAGCACUACCACCUGUGACUUAUAACAAGCCUAAUGAAGAAGGACUCAGCGAAGAGACUGGGAAAGAUCACGUUGUUCGUGUUGAUAGACUUCGCUCUUUAAAAAGUUCUCAGCCCCGAAGCGUUCGCGCUGAUUUUGACAAGAUGAAAAUGCCGUCAGAUGACAUGGCGUUCUCUAAUGAUAUGGCUAUUGAAGAUGAAGAAGAAGUUGAAUCAAGAGUGAAAAAGGCGAAGGAACGUCGCAGUAAAACUCUUUCAGUUCGUCCUGGCCUGGUAAAAAAGCUUAUCACAACGGAGGGUGGCGUCACAAAAAUAGCUGAUAUCUCGCUCGAUGUCGGGCCUGGUUGUCUGGAAAACGACACAGAGAUCACAUUAAUAAGAGACGAUCAGAAUUUUGCUUUCCAGUCUUUGCUGAAGUUGGGUCUGGUCGAUGAUACCCCGCGAGUGGUCGAAUUCCUUCCAGACGGUCUGAAAUUCCUGAAGCCAGCGCUCCUUAAAAUAAAAUGUGAAAAAAGUGACCCCGAAUCCGAACUGUUCGUGCUGCAUGGUUCCUACAACCCUGAUUACCAGAGAACCGUUUGGGAACUGGUAACGAAUGAUCUCGAGGAGAACAGUAUCGACGGAGUCGUGAGCAUGAAGAUUAAUGGUUUCUGUUUUUAUAGCUACAUUUUGGCAAGACGUGGCAAAAUAGCGCGAAUCUUAAGUCAUCUUAAUCAUUCGUUCACCUGUCGUGCAUACUCGUUCUAUCGCAGAGCUUCAGUGGAUUCCAUGGAUAUUUCUGUUGUUAUUGUAAGCGAAUUUGUUAAGAAAAAGCGCAAAAAAGCGCAAGAACGCAUCGACCAGCUGCAGACUCACCAGGAGGAAGGCUACACUAAAGGAGAAAAGGGAAAGUUGAAGCGUGUGCACACGGAUCGUGGCCUUGAAAUGUCUCUAAAUUUUCCAGGUCUUAUAAGCAGCCCCUUUCCGUUCAAAAUUGAUCAGCCCCAGCUGGAUAGUGUCGGUUUCGUGGUGGAACAAUUCAAGGUAACACCAAUAACUAGCCCAGCAAAUGGAACGGUGGACAUAAAAGAAUUGCAUCGAAAUGCCGCGAAUAAACUUCUGUGGAACUUAAAUAUUCGUGAAAUGGAAAAAGAGAUUAAAAAAGAAGCUGAAGUCCUAUUACAUAAUACACCGGAGCCCGGACCACCACAAGUUGUAUACCGAGACACCGUGCUGUCAAACGCUGAGAUUAGUAGAAUGAGCAACGAGAUUGGGAUGGACUGGGACGCCCUCGCGGCACUCAUGAAUAUUCCAUAUGGAAAGCGAGAUGAAAUUAGGAUGAAUGCCAGCCAGUAUCCAGAUAACACCGCUAAAGGCCAACAGAUACUCGCGUUCAUAAACGAAAGCCAAAAUUUUGAUCGGCAUACUCUCGAGAAAUGCGUGAAGGAGCUGGGAAGAGGCGAUGUAAAAAUCGAAAUCCAUCCUGAAGAUGAAUGUCAAGACGAAACCAUUGAUGGAACAGAACCUCCACAACCCCCUUGCGAAUUCCCCCCGUACGAGAACAUCACGUUGAAGAACACGCCCCUCUCCCCACGUGAAAUGUACAGAUUAAGUCGGCGUAUAUUGCUCUUCUGGGCACGUUUUGCUUGUCUUAUGGAUGUAGACAAACCAGAAAUAGAUAACAUCCAAACGAAUAAUUUCUACAAUGACGAUCGUUCAAGGGCAGAAAAAGUUUUGUCGAUCAUCAACAACCAACAUGACUUUUCGCGAACAAAGCUGACGGAUUGCUUAAAGGAUCUCGACAAACUGGACUUGGUUGAGCCGCUGACGAAUGGCGCGUGGAGGCAAUUGUGAUCAUAAAAUCGAAAUAAUAUACUAAAACCGCAUUCGACAUAGAAAUGACAUGAACGAAGCCUCAAUAAAGACAUUAGGAAGUUUUUUAGCAGUGAGUAAACCGGAAGUGCGAGAUUCGUCUUCAUCGCGCUAUCAUUGCGAAGAAGCGACCGCCAUGUGUCUUGCUGUAAGUCACAUCAAAUCGCAUCAAAUUAUUUGAAUAGCUCAGAGGACUAUAUAAAAACUGGAACAAUAACCAGGUCGCCAUUUUUAAAGUCAAUUUGAAGCCGAAUUAGGUGCUAGUGCCUAUUUCUUUUUUCUUCACGGUCGAAGAUUUCGUCGAGAAAACAAUAGAACGAGUCAGCGAACUCUAUAAAGGCGGUUUUCCACUAGUUGCCUAGUGGUCGAAAACCACCUUUAUAAAGUUCGCUGACUCGUUCAUCGUUGUAAAAAGUCGUAAAUGAUUCUUUAAAUAUGAAUGCAUAAAUAUACCUAAAAAUGAACCUAGCUCACCCCAUCAUAACCAUCAUAACCCACCAUAAAAUGAGAAUAAAAUGUAAUCGUGGAUGGGGUUUGGACCUCAAAAAUAAGGUAGUAAUGUAAACAACGCACGCCAUAAGUUAAUAUCACUCGGCCACCCUCAAUCCUUAUGAAAAACUAUGAACUUGUAGUUUUAGAUCACGAAACCAUACUUUUUUAAAAUGUUAAUAAGCAUAGUUUUAGUUCGCGAUAAAACCGAGUUCAAAUGGGCGUCGACCAUUGUAGAUUCUGGAAACUGUUCAUAGAAUGUCGUUAUUUUAUUAGGAAGGAUGAGAAAUUAGCUCAGUUUAUACUGUGACACAGAGUAAAUGCACCGAUAAAACAAAUUGUGGAUAUAUUCUUUAGUAUUUAGAGAAUAGAUGUACGUUCUGGUCUCAUAAUACACUGGAUAUAGGAAUUAUACUUGUGAAAAGGAAAAACCAAAGUUUAUGAGUCUAUAUUUUUACGAGAAUCGAACGUUAGUUAAGAUUUUCCAGUUGCUACGUAAUUAUCCAGAGUAUUAUCAGAGACUAGCUGGAUUGUACAGCAAGCAGAAAUAAUUUAAGGAAAAUAAAGAAAAAUUAAUUUAGAGAAUGAUACUAUAUAUUAUAUACCAUA